GCCACGUAGAUACAAGCAGAAUGAUGCCCAAUGUUUUGUUUUGCGCUUUGUUUGCGUGUUUACUGCAUUCAACGAAAAAUGAGCAAUUUGAUAUCAGCGACACAUCCUGGCAGGUAUAUACCGAAAAGAUAAUUGAGAAGAUUUUUAAUAAAGAAACUGUUUACUUCAUCUUCAACGAAAACAGUCAUUAUCUACUACCGCUUUACAUAAACAAUGCAAGAAUUGUCAUUGACACCAAUCAUCGAUUUCAGUACAACGCCCGUCCAUAUGUUUUUGACAAUUACGUGAUUGAAAUUGAUAAUAUUGUUUCGUUUGGGAGAACCAUGGAUUAUUUAGCACGGUGGGUCUCUUCCAUUGAAGGUAGUUACCCCAUCGGCAGAUUUCUCGUAGUAAUCGACCAAAUACACCUAGCAGAGGCGGUAUUUAUUCAGUUCUGGAAAUUGGGCAUUAUCUAUUUUGCGAUCUUAGCCAUUGAUAGAAACUAUAGUGAAAAGUCGAUCUUAUUGACGGCAAACCCUCACGAACCGUCGAAUAACUGCGGAAACGCUCCGAUCGUAAUGUAUCAGCAAAGUUGCGGCCAGUCGAUCGUGGACACCAUCCCUAAACCUUUCAGAAACUUUAAUGGAUGCCCUGCGAUACUUAAUACCGUUGUCACACCGGUCCACGAAUUUGAUCGAAGGAGUUAUACUAUGAAUGUUGUAUCCGAAAUGUUAAACGUUACGUUAAAACACGACUACUCGGAGGAUAUGUUAGAUGAAACUGAUGGGAUUGUAUUCGGCGACUUCUUUUUAACGCUUAGCUCUUUUCAUUGCGCACGUUUGAGCCACACAUAUGCGAGAGAUACUUGUGUAUGGAUUGUGCCACCAGUGGAUAAGAUGUCUGGAAUGAGGGUUUUGGUCAUAACUCUCGAGAUAGAAGUUUGGAUAUUAGUCGUUGUGGCCUUUGUAUUAUUUGUUUUGUCGUGGUACGUUCUCAACAAAUUUAAGAAGAGCAUGGGUAGCAUCGUUUUGGAAACCGUCAGUCUUACGCUGUUUAGCAGCACCAAUCACAUCCCAAAAUCUACGAUGGUAAGAUUCUUAAUCAUGUGCUAUAUCAUAUACAGUAUACACAUACAGACAGCGUACGUUUCAAACUUAAUGCGUCUAUUAGCAUCACCACCAAGUGGGAAACCAAUCCAGGGCAUAGACGAACUGCUGAAAAGUAACUUGCCCAUUUGUAUGGAUAACGUUUCUCAGGUGAUCUAUUUCAUAGCCGGAUACGAUACUAAAGACCAUCCACAUGAAAUAUAUGAUAAUCUGUACAACGGCGUAAAACAGUGCCCUUACGAGGGUGACGCCCAAACUAUGCUAGCACUGUGGUCGGUAUAUCGAAAUUUUUCACUGCUUAUGUCCCAUGAGACCUUGCAUUCCCUGGAUUUACGCUUACGAAUACGCACCCCAAGUUACUUCACUGACGGUAUGGUCUUACAGCCUCUUAGGCGCGUCUUGUUCACUAACAAGGCCCACUACUUCAUUGACAGCUUGAACACCAUCAUCGAUAGACUGACGGAGAGUGGACUGUACGAGAAGCUCGAUAGGGAUAGACAGUUGGACGCGGCCGCCAAAAGGAGGGAGUUUAUUCCUGCGGACGAAAUGGUGAAGUUAUCUUUUGAGCAUCUCAGCUGCGUUCUACUCAUUUACUGUUUUGGGGUGUUGUUGUCUGUAAUUGUGUUCAUUGUGGAAGUGAUUGUGUAUCGUUUUAAAUAGUGAUUCAUUAUUUAUUGCUAAACAUGAUGUAAAAUUCGAGUACUCAACACUAGAAGAUUCUUGAUAACUGCGUUAGCUAGUAAGUCAUUUGUUUUACGCUUGAUGAGUAAUUUUAUCCA